AUGGGACUGCCCUCCAUAGAGACAUAUUACCGCGCCGCUCACCUGCACAGACUGACGGACUGGCACGCACAACACCCAUUAAAACAAUGGGUGACCAUUGAGCUAGAACAAACUGAUAGAAAAAUACCCUCUAGGCUUUGGCUACAUACUGCCACAUACGCCGACCUGCACACCGAGAACCCACUAAUUGACGCCACGCUCCGAGUGUGGAUAGCUAUACGCUACCGACUGCAACUCACAAGUUCUCCUAGCCCCUUGACACCCAUCACACAUAACCCAGACCUGGCCGAUGCUCUAACCCCACAAGACCUAGCCGGCCUCCAGCAG